UACAUUACAACGUUGGAGAUAGAAAAUGAUUCUGAACGACGUCGCCGACGCUGUGCGGACGGAUGAUCCGUACAACUCCACAGUGGCGGCGAGACUUGGCCGACGGCGGAUUCCGAUACAUAAGACGUUAUAUUGGGGCCACAAAGCGUACGUGCUUUCUCCAUGCUGGCCUGGAGAUAAUGCUGCCAUGUAUGGUCUGGCUUUGGUGUUUGUCUUCGCCAUGGCUGUGUUAGUGGAGUGGCUUUCUUUUACGGACAUGGUGAAGUUGAAGCCAGGCAAGAACGACGACGUGGUUGCCGGAGUGCUCAGGACGGCGAUCUACGGCGUGCGAACUGGCCUCUCUUAUAUGGUCAUGCUGGCCGUCAUGUCGUUUAACGGUGGCGUGUUCAUCGUAGCCAUUGUCGGUCACGUCAUCGGGUUCAUAGUUUUCGGUACUCAGGCUAUUCGGAAGAAGAAGGCCGGAUCGGAUACUGACAAGACGUCCGAUUUGUAACGACUGAAGCAACUCAGAUAGAUCUGCAAAUGGAUUCCAUAGUAACAAUUUAAUUUCCUAAUUUUGUUUUUCUUUUUUUAUUAGUUUUUAUAUAAAAUAAAAGAUACUAUGAUAUCUUGAAGUUCUGACAGGGUUUGUAUUUUUUUUAAAUCAUUUUUCAAAAAAAUUUAAAAAAUAAAAAUGUGUCAUUAUGAUAUUCUUUCUUAAAAAAUCAUAAAAAAAAUAUAAAAUUAUAUCAUUCCGAACUUUAAAAUAUCAAAAUGUCUUACUUUUUAUAUAAAAAAUCAAUAAUCUAAAAAAGAAGAAAAAUAAAAUAAAAAAGUUGUAACAUUAUCAAAGAUGUUAGAUAGUAAAGAGUAUUUGAAACCAUAGCCCCUGGCAUGUAUCAUUUUGUUGUUGAAUUUGCCUCUAAGGAACGAUUUGUUGUUUUAAUUAGUUUUGCUCUGAAUUGCGAGGGAGAAGACAGGGGAUCAAGGCAGCCAUAGCCCCCUAAUUUUUUAAUUUUUAACUUUUUUAAUAAAAUAUAAGGGUUAUAUGUUAUUAGAGGUCUCUAAGUAGACAUAUUAUAAAUGCAUGGAAACACUAUAUAAAGCUCU